AUGUUGACAGGUGUUCAGCCAUGGUGUGGAAGAUCUGUUGAAGAAAUUUAUGAUUUGGUGGUUAAGAAGCAUAAGAAACCCACCAUCCCUGAGGGCCUUCCGCCUCCAGUUGAGAACAUUCUCCACGGCUGCUUCGAGUAUGAUUUCAAGCAUCGUCCUUUGAUGACUGACAUACUGUAUGUAUUCAGAAGUUCUCGAAAUGCAGUACAUGGUGAUGAUGGGGACCGGACUGGAGAGCAUUAUGAUUUCAAAAGAAUCAUCAAGUGGUACUGGCUGCACUGA